UGCCGCCAUAAACUUAUUUUCGGCAGAGUUGAAAUGCUGGACAUUUUUAUGGGAAUCGAUUUGCUUACAGAUAUUCCGUAAAAUCUGGGGAAAACUACUCGCUGAUGAACUGCUUGUCGACCUUGUCUUCAUGUGCCGGGGCUCUCUUUAGAAGGAACGCUAUCACUCAUUUUGUCACAAAGACUACUUUGAAUCGGUGCUCUACUCCAACAUUGAAACAGAGCUUUGGGUGCGCCGGUUUCAGAGCAGCAAUCAAUUCAGAUUUUGGGUUUUCGAGAUUUCGCGUUCAGGGUUUCUCUACAAAAAGUAGAAAAACGUCUCGAACACGAAAGGUGGAAACCGAGCCAGCAGUGAUGGAGCAAGACAAGGACGACGGAUUCUUUGUUGUGCGUAAAGGAGAUGUUAUUGGCGUUUACAAGAGCUUCGCUGAUUGUCAGGCUCAAGUUGGAUCUUCGAUAUGUGAUCCUCCUGUCAGUGUAUACAAAGGGCACUCUUUGAAGAAGGACACUGAGGAUUAUCUGACCUCGUGUGGGCUUAAGAAUGCUAUUUACACUAUCAGGGCUGCAGAUUUGAAAGACGAUCUCUUUGGUACACUUAUGCCUUGUCCCCUCCAAGAGCCAGCCUUUUCCAAAGAUGAAACAUCAAGCAAGGACAGGUCUAAAAAGAGGCCUCAUGAAAUGGUUUCGGAAAUCAUGGAUCCAGUUUGCUCAGCAUCUUUUUCGACCAAUUCUUUAAGAAAGCAUGUGAAGAUAGACGCAGAGGCUCAAGAACCUUCUUCUGAUACUCGUUCAUGUAUUCUUGAGUUUGAUGGUGCAUCAAAAGGGAAUCCUGGACCGGCCGGUGCUGGAGCUGUCCUGCGAGCUAAUGAUGGAAGUGUGAUCUGUAGGUUGCGUGAAGGUUUGGGCACAGCUACGAAUAAUGUUGCUGAAUAUCGAGCCAUGAUUCUAGGGUUGAAAUAUGCUCUUAAAAAAGGCUAUCAAAGUAUCUGUGUCCAAGGUGACUCCAAGCUUGUCUGCAUGCAGAUUCAAGGUUUAUGGAAGGUCAAGCAUGAAAACUUGACCGAAUUGUGGAAGGAGGCUAAGAAACUGAAGGAUACUUUUCUUUCCUUUCAGAUUGGUCAUGUUUUAAGGCAUCUAAACUCUGACGCUGAUGCUCAAGCAACGUUGGCCAUAAGAUUACCAUUACCUUCACGCGUUCUUUCGGGUGCUGCGGCUGAAGUUGCCGAUAUCUCUCCGGAGGGAGCUCUGUUGUAUCCGGUCUUGCCUGUUUCUUCGGCCGUGAAGCUGGCGGUACCCUCUGUCCUUCAGCCACGUGUCGUCGUCUAUGAUGGUGUCUGCCAUCUCUGCCACCGCUGGGUGAAAUGGGUUAUUAAAGCUGACAAGUAUAGGAAGAUCAAAUUCUGUUGCGUUCAGUCAAAGGCUGCUGAGCCAUACUUGAAACACUGUGGCCUCGAACGAGAAGAUGUUCUCCGUCAAUUUUUGUUCGUUGAAGGCCUUGGUUCAUACCACCGAGCAUCUACAGCUGCAUUGAAGGUGCUGUCUUACCUGCCACUUCCUUAUUCUGCUUUAAGCACACUCUUGAUAAUUCCUCGGCCUGUUAGGGAUGCCAUCUACGAUUAUAUUGCGAGGCGACGCUAUGACUGGUUUGGAAAGAGCAAUGACUGCAUGGUUCUGCGGGAGAAGGAACUGCUUGAGCGAUUCAUAGACAGGGACGAGAUGGUGGACCAAAAUCCAUCCGAUCUGUAGUUAGGUUAUUGUUAAAGAAACCCAUCAGCCCUGUCCUCGUGGGAGGCCUCUCCGCAUAUUUUUCCCAUUAGGAUGUUAUGAUGUUAACUGUAAAAAAACAAAUGCAAUCCCGUAUGGUAGUUUCAUAGGAGAUUUUUAUCUUUGAAAUCUACCCUUCUAUGGAAAAAGAGCCUUUAAACUAGUGGAAAAGGAAAAGAAUCUAUCUACA